UUUUGUUGUUGACCAAUUGUGACCUAAUGGGCCAGCCAUCACUGAAACUAUAUCCUGUUUUAACCAUCCAUGGUCUUUCCUAUGUAUGCUACAAUAAGGAGAACACACUAUUCUCUGGUGUUUACUAGCCUACAUUUGGCACAUUAGUAACUGUAUAUGGCCUGUAAUAAACUGCACAGCAUGCUAUUUCCACUUUGUCAUGUGGUAAAUCAAGGCCAUGUUCGAAAAUUCCCUCAAACAAAGACCUAGAAAAAACGGUUGAUUGGAAACAAAGGGUCUCCUUAUAAUGGUAUAUUUGACACAGCAGUAUUCUCCCUCGCCUGCCUUUUGUUUGUUUUUAUUUUUUUGCUUGGUCAUCAUUGGCAGAGCGUUUGUAAUGUCAGCCACAAAGGCUAACAAACUCUGGAAGGUCCCACGCGUGAGGCUUGCGUGGGAACAGGCCAGCGUGAGAUUUUUGGGGGUCUAUUUCGCAGGCACCCAGGGCCAGGCAGCCUUUAGUCUAGAAUGAGACAGCCGAGGGUGAGCACCCGAGUUUUCACACACUAAAGGUGCCGCAGGGAAGAACGCACUCCGGGGAUAACAUCAACCGAGGCAGCGGGAUAGCGACAAAAACCACCAUGUACAAGACCAGUUACCGGCGCGAGGUGCGCAAGGAGAAGUAUGAGCGUUCUGAUGUCUUCGAAGAGCCCUACGGCCCUGAUGCAUCGGCAGGCACCUCAGCCAUCCAGGGCUGGGAGAGCCUGCAGGAGCUCAACAGCCGCUUCGCCCGAUAUAUUAAUCGGGCACGCGUGCUGGAGCAGCGCAAUUCCGUGUUCCGCAAGCAGCUAGAGACGCUGCAGCGGAUGGAAGAGGCCAGUGGGCUUGAGGAGGCCUUUACUGAACAGAUUGGCCUGAACCGGAGGCGCAUCUGCGAGCUCUCUGCCGACCGUGCCAAACUUGAGCGCCAGCUGAAGGACGCAUGCCGCAUGCUGGACGAGUUCACCAACAAAUACAGAAAUGAGUGUGAGUAUCAAGAACAGCUGCGGGGUACAUUGGAACAACUCAACAGGGAGGCUGACCAUAACCUGCUCAGGAACCUGGAGUUUCAGAUCCAGACUCAGUUUCUUCAGGAUGACAUCAACUCCACCAAAGACAGACACAGAAAGAACCUGUCAGAGAUCCAGACCUACGUGAAUAUCCUGCACCAGAUCAACCAGACGAUACACCUGGUGCCAAAUAUGGCUGUGGGCACCUCUGAGGAGCAGGAGAAGCAGCUGGCCCAGAGGAGAGUUCCAGCACUGCAGAGUCAGCUGGAGGAGUAUAAGAGCGCCCUCUGUCAGCUCCAAGCACAGAGGCAGCAUCUGCAGUACGAGACGUCAGUGUUGGAGAGUUCCAUCAUGAGCACCCAGGAGGGCUAUGACGAUGAGAUCCAGCUGUACAACGGGCAGAUUGAGUCUCUGAGGAAGGACAUCGAGGAAGCUGAGAGAUCCCUGGACAAAUACACAAAUGAGUGCCGCCACCUGGCCAUGUACCAGACCUCACUGGAGAAUGAGCUGGAGAGGUACAAGAGGAUCAUCGAGAACGAGGACAACAGGUUGAAUUCAGCAAUAAUUGGGACUCCCAUUACCUUGUUCACCACCAAUUACCGCUACACCCACACACCCACUGUGUCGAGCAGGGGCAGAGACAUCACGCAAGCCAUCCGGGACAUCACCAGUAUCAAGCCUCGCCAGAAGAACCUGGCCAAGAAGGUCCUGAAGAAGAAGGAGAUCAGCCCCAAAGAUGUGAUGGACAGUGGCCAGGAGGAGAGAGUCGGUGGAGCUGAACACAUGGAGGACGAGAAGCGAGGGGUGGCAGGGGAGGAAGCCGAGGUGAAGAGGGAGGAGCAGAGGUCCCUGUACACACCCCAGGAUGUGCCAGACGGGGCUCAGAUCAGCAAAGCCUUCGACACGCUUUGUAACAUUGUCAGAGACCGAAUGAGGAAGUACAAGAAGCCAGAGCCAAUUGCUGACUUUUACACCAAAGGGCGCUAUGUGCUGGUGACAGGCGAUGGCAGCUACCCCCACCCUCACUUCUACACCUCCAGCCCCUCCGCCGGACACGUCUUCGUCACCAUCCGCAACGGCAUGGUCUCCCCUUAUGACCCCUUCGGGCCUUACACCCCCUCCCCCAACCCCCCUCAUCCUCAGCCCAUGCCACCCCCUGGUCCCCUUACCCCCACCCAGCCCUCUGACGGAGAGGGGGGAAAAGGAGACGAUAAGGGAGGAAAAGGUGGUGGGAAGGGGAAAUCUAGGGGUGGAGACCCCGAGCCUAGGCCGAAGAACCCUACUCCCCCCACAGCCCAACCCUGCCCCCAAAGGCCCCAGCAAUCCCUACGGACCCAAGGGGGGUAAAGACGACAGUCACCGCAGGGGCCCUCCUCCCAUGCCCUCCCCCCGUGGCGCUAGCAGCAUGCCCCCUGACUCCAUGAGCUACGAGAAGGUGGAGAUGGUGGAGUCAGUGGAAAAGUUCUCCAAUGACCGCAAGACCAAGGGCUAUGAGGAAACAGCCAUGGUGGUGGAGACCAUGAUUGAGAAGACCAGCAAAAAGAAGAACUGAGUCUGAGAUAAGGUCGACCUUUGCCAAAUUAUCUCACAAGUUGUGCCUCACCUUAUGCCAGUAAGAACAAACACUGAGCCAUUAUGUGACUCUGCUAAAGACACAUUCUAAAGACAUUGUUCCCACCCUAUAUGAAACCAACCUUAAAGAGACAGUUCUUCCUGAUACUGCUCCUCUAUUUGCUCACGCUUUCUGGCUUUGCGUUCAGCAAGUGUUAGCUGGUUCCAUAAUGCUGCUAUUGUUGUUUUCUACCUACGCCGUAACCUUACACAUUUAAUGUCUGAAAACAUGAAGUACGAACAUCAAAACUACAAGCCUCCUUGUCAUCUCAACCUACAAAGUAGAGUAAACAUGGCUUAAUGUGUGAAAAAACCUCUAACAUUUUUAUAAAUUGAUGACAUGCUACUGAGCUCAUGGAUGUUUGCCACCCUUCCAAACCAAAGCUGCCCCCAAACCCAAGAGCUCAUUUGUUCAAUUGGAUGCCAUUGACUGCCCUCAACACAGAUUUUCUGUGUAUAAAAUUGCUUUAAUAAUAAAAAAGAAUCAAGCUUUAAAAGCGCAAAGCUCUACUGUCUUUGUGUUUGGACAUUAGCACCACUCUUAUGACACACUCAUGGCUUUGUUCCAUUACAAAUGAAUGCCCCAAUCCUUCAUAUCAUCGCAUUUCAAUCCACUGAAAUGUGCCAAAAAGAUAUUAAAUGAUUCAUAUUAUAUUCUUUGAAUAAUAACAGCGGAUGUUUCCGAUUUGUACUUUUCAUAUGCAGUUAAAGCAUUAUUGACUUACUUUAUAAUGAUGGUAGAGGUGAUGGAUGCCUAGUUUUUAACUGAUCACCCUGUUUGACUUGCAUACUAGAGGUAUAUUAAUUGCGUCAGAGUGAGGAAACUAGACUGAGCUAGUGCAGUGUUUAGUAAACAUUGGGUGUCUCUCAGCACGGAGUGAUAGGUACAGUUACUGAAGGAGAGUCAUCCAUUUUUCAUUGAGAUGAACUGGAGGAGCAGACAGCGACCUCUGAACUCUGCACAAUCCACUUUCCCUUAGAGGGACAGACAAGAGAGAGAGAAAGGGAGAGCGUGUGUGUGUGUGUGACAGAAUAACAAAAGUAAGAGCUACAGAGAGUGGCAGAAGACGAUGCUGUUUCAUACUGUAUUCCCGGUCCUGAUCUCACACCCAGUGUGUGAUGUAAAUGUCCCUGUGCUCUUGAGUGAACAGAUAAGUGCUUCCCAUUACAGCAUAGGCUUCAAUUGUCUGGCAUUGAGCAUUGUAAGGCCAAAUGACUUACCUUAGAAAGUGAAAUUGGAAUACAGAGCCACCUAUCUUCCAGUUCCUAUCUUUCUCUUCCUCAUUCAAAUGACAAGACAUUUCUGCUACCUUGCCUGUGCAUUGCAGAGUGGUGCAAAUCACUGAAGUGCUUUAACAAACAGCUGAAUAGAUUUAUUAUAGUAUACGACAAAGAUUAUUCUGCAAUAUGCUUUGAGGACCACAGGCUG